CGCCGCCACUCUGCAUUAGUUUGCAAACGUCCGUGUAGCGUGUAACUCCUCAAAACGAAAAACAAAAAAAUGCCCGUACUAAAAUGGGGUAUUGCAGCAGCUGGCCGUAUAACGCACGAUUUCGUCACAGCAUUGUCCACCAUUGAGAAUAGUCAGCAUACGGUGAUCGCUGUGGCUGAUGUCGAAAUGACACGCGCGCAACAAUUCGCUGAACGUCAUGAGAUACCAAAAUGCUACGAUGGUUUCGAUGCCUUAUCUCUGGAUACAGAAAUUGAUGCAGUCUACGUGGGCACAUUAAAUCCUUAUCACUAUCGCGUAGUGCGUCUAUUGUUGGAACGCGGUAAACAUGUGUUGUGCGAGAUGCCACUUUGUUUAAGUUUGCGGCAAGCGGCGGAGCUCUACCGUGUGGCAAAGGAACGUAAUGUGUUCCUUAUGGAAGGCAUGUGGUCGCGUUGCUUCCCCAGCUAUGCACGCCUGCAUGAAAUUUUGCUUGGCGAUUGUAUUGGCGAAGUGACACUCAUACAAGUGCAACAUGGCUUUCGUGUGAAUAGUGAACGCGUUUUGCUGCGUUCACUCGGCGGUUCCAUCGUGCUUGAUAUUGGCCGCUAUGCGAUACAAUUGGGCCAAUUAGUCUAUGGUUGCGCCCCCAUUGACAUUAAAUGUAACGCACAUCUGAAUAGUGAUGGCGUCGAUGUGGAGUGUGAAUUCAUAAUGGAUUAUGGCCAAAAUCGAAAGUUGGCUGCAUUUAUAUCGGGCUUGGAAGAUUUAGAGAACUGUGCCCAAUUGCUGGGCACCAAGGGUGAAAUCAAGCUAGACAACUAUUGGUGCUGUACCUCCCUGACAAGGCCCAACAAUAUCACCGAAUCCUGGCCAUUACCUCCCGCCAAAUUUGAAUUCAACCACAUCAAUUCCUGUGGACUACGCUACGAAGCGGAAGAAGUGCGUAAAUGUAUCGAAAAACGUAUGCUGGAAUCUCCGCUGUUUACGCAUGCGCAGAGUCUCGAACUGAUGUGCAUCGAAGAGGAGAUGCGUCGGCAAAUGGGUGUAAAUUAUGAGGAUGUGUUGAGCUUGGAUUUGUGAGCCACACGGGAAAAGAGGCGGGCGUGAGAGCCGAAAGGAAAACGCGUACUCUUAAGUAAGCAAAAUUUGAGAAAUUUGUAGGUUGGAAAAACCACAAGCGCACGCCUUUGCCUCUAAAGGGAUAAAGAUUGCAGACCGCGUGCUUUUACAAGAGUUUCUUAUGCUUUUUAUUAAUGCUCUUAAGACAUAUUUUUUAUCUACAUACGAUUAGUGUUAUGCAAUUUCCAUUGUAUUGGUGCUACAUACGUCGGUAUGUAUGUGUAUGUAUCCAUGGGUAUAUAUAAUCCACAUUUUUUAUUCGGGUUUUAUUUGCAUUAUUUUAGGUGUUCACUUUUGAUUCUCAAAUAUCUUAAAUUAACUAGAAUACAUCAGCUAAACGUUUGGUUUUUUUUUUCUAAAGAAUAUUCGAUCUCUACUCAACCUGUAGUUGUUAAAUAUUUUAAAGUUUAUAUUUACAAAGCUUAUAAUGUAUGUACGUAUGCAUGUAUGUGUGUAUGGUAUGCAUAUUUUAUACUACGAUGAGUUAUGGAUUUGUAUAAAAAAAAACAAAAACAUAGCCAAAUGGUGAAAUUAAAAGCAAUUUUCAUAAAACUUAAUAUGUUCGCAUUUUAUUGAAAUUUUUUUUAUAUAUACAUUGGGUAUUUUUUUAUUCAUGUGUAUGUAUGUGUGUAUAUUUAUUUCAGCUGAAAUACAGUUUGCUUAGCAUAAAUUAAAGGCGUUACAUAUUUUCGUAUGUGCGGAUGUGUGCAAAUUUUUGUUAAGUUAAUUAAAUUACGCAAA